AUGUAUUUAGGUGAACUAAAGACUGAUGAGUGCACCAAUUUGGAAGUGUUUAUUUGGUGCUUAGCAUCGAUUUCGUGCGGACAAGAAACUGGGUGUUUUCCUGCACCACCACCGAUAUGUAAUCUGCACAGUUGUCCACGGAACUACUUCUGCGCUCCAGCUACCGGAAACUGCGUUCUUCGGUCAAAAUUGUUGUCUGCAGAUGUUGUUAAGAAAGCGGUGAAAGUUGUUAAAAAUUUCAAGACUGAUGACGAAGAAUUCAACGAAUGCUGUCAAAUGGCUGGUCUACCCAAUUCUUGUUUAAGCAAAUGCUCAUACAACAAUUACAACAAAGCAAACGUACAGCGUAUAUAUCUUGGACUGGAUGAAUGUCCAGCAAAUUCUUUGGCUAUCCUUCACUCCUGCGCUGCUGGUAACGACCCAUACAUCAACUGUUGUAUCAGAAAACAGAUAUUUCCGGAUAUGUUAUUCACUAAAUGUUCUGUUUUAUGCAGAGCUAAUUCUAAGAUCAAAAUGCACUUUGAUAUCAGCUAUUUACCAUGUUUUCAAAAGUUUGACGAUGUGAUACAAGAAUGUUUUCGUAACGGACAGCCUGACACCGAAUCGCUGUAUCGAUCUUAA